AUGCCGGCAAAACUGUAGCAUCAUUUCCGACCUGGACAAAUGCGAUUUGUGUACCGGUUAUCUGUACAACUACAAUUGCCUAGAGCGAGAUGAAUGUCUACAUCAGAUUCAUAAUUGCGACUCCAAUGCUGCGUGUACCAACACGGUUAGGUCCUACAACUGCACGUGUAACUCUGGGUUUUACGGUGACGGCAUAUCCUGCAAAGUUGUUACAUGCGCUACUCCAUUAGCGCCUACAUUUGGCAGUUUCUCUCUACCGGCUGGUGUAUCAAGCUUUGUCUAUAACACACUGGGAACAUUUGUCUGCAAUCCCGGCCAUCGCCUUGUCGGCCAUGCCACCACACAGUGUUUAGCCAAUGGUGAUGUCAGCAGCACACCGCCCAUGUGCCAGAACGUCAAUGAGUGUGCAAAUACCACAUUGCAUACAUGCGAUCAAAAUGCGUUGUGUAGUGAUGUGAUUGGAACAUUCAGCUGCAAGUGUAUGGUUGGGUACACUGGCGAUGGACAAGCUGGAAACUGCCACAACAUUGAUGAAUGUUUGCCGGCUAGCCCAUGCCAUGUGGAUGCUAGCUGCAUUGAUAAUGAUGGCGGAUACAUGUGUCUGUGCAAGUCAGGUUACCACGGAAAUGGAACUCAAUGUCAAGUUGUGUGCACAAAUCCCUGGGUGAAAAAGAACAAAGCAUGUGAAUGUAAACCGAGACCAGGCGGACCCAUCUGCACAGAAGUGUGCAAUUGCUUGAAUGAUGGUCAGUGUACUGAAGACGGCACCUGCAACUGCCGGAAAGGUUUCCAUGGAGACCAGUGUCAACAUGCUUUCAAGACAAAGUGCCCGGGCACAAAUAAUGCAAUAUUCACCUGGAUGGCUCUUGCCAGCUUGCCGUGUUAUCCACAUCUCGACUAUGGCAGUUGCCAGAAGAAAACGAACUUCGUGCACGCCCGCGAGAUGUGCGUGAGAAGAGGAUACAACGUCGUAGACUAUAAUUCCUUCACUGGGCUUGGCUUGAAGCUGGGUGUUAGUGACUGCAUAAAAUCAUUGGUGAGCGAGAUGAUGGCUAGACGUAACAGCAGUUACAGCACCCCUCUCAAGAUAUGGACAUCGUACAUGUACUUUGGUCAGCAUGUUAUUUACAAGCAAGGCAAGGACAACUCGAGCGACGCACUAUUUGACAGGGGUGGAAGAGGCAAUCAUGAUGUCAUCUGUGAAGCCAAAUGGCUCCAGGCCAACGGUUCUGUACACGCCGCAGCAACUCCAGCACACAGACCCAGCGUGACUGAGCAGUUCGCAGAGGACGCAUGUCAGGAGUAUGGACAUCAUCUCAUUACCAAGGAGUGGCUAGAAGAACAUGGCCAUGUGUUAACAGAGCGCUGGCUAGAGAAGUUGGCCUUAUUGCAUAAACACCAGCAAGCACCUUACCACGUCGCGUCAAUCCGAGUCAAUGGCCAUUCCCUUUACAGAACCGUAAUGUUUAGCGCGCGAAAGCAGACGUUUCAGAACGCCACAAGCAAAACUCAAGCCCAGAUUCUCUGUGUCAAGACAUGUGAGACCGGUGUUCUUGGACCAAACCUGAGUUGUGUGUGUAACCGCACCUCAACCUAUGGUCAAUAUUGUGAAAAGGCAUGCAAGUGCUUGAAUCAGGGUCAGUGUGAGAACAAAGGUGAAUGCAGCUGCCCGAAAGGAUUCACCGGAGACAAGUGCCAACUCGUUGUGUGUACACAUCCCUGGGUGAAAAAGAACAAAUUAUGCGAAUGUACGACCAGACUAGAUGGACCUAACUGCACAGAAGCAUGCAAAUGCUUGAAUGACGGCCAGUGCACCGAAGAUGGCACCUGCAUCUGCCGGAAACGUUUCCAUGGAGAUCAGUGUCAGAACAGUUUCAAGACAAAGUGCCUGGGUACAGAUAAGGCAAUGUACACCUGGAUGGCUCUCGCUGGCUUGCCGUGUCAUCCACACCUCGACGGUGACAGCUGCCAGAAGAAGACGAACUUGACGCAUGCCCGACAGAUGUGCAAGAGAAGAGGAUACGACGUGGUAGACUAUAAUGCCUUCACAACCCUGUCUCUGGGCGUGCGGGACUGCAUGGAAGCAUUGCUCAACAAGAUGAUGGCAAGCAAUUUCAACAACCCUAUCACAAUAUGGACAUCUUUCUUGAGGGAUGGCAAGCAUGUCAUUUACAAGGAGGGCAAGAACAACUUAAGAGAAGAGUUACAUGAUAGUAGUGGAGCAAGCCAUCUUGAUUUUGAGAUGAUGGCGAGCGGUGACAGCAACCCUAUCUCCCUAUCGUCAGGCCAAGGACAAGUUAAGAACAAGUUGAGAGAAGAGUUACAUGAUGAUGGUAGUGGAGCAAGCCAUCUUGAUGUCAAGAUGAUGGCGAGCGGUGACAGCAACCCUAUCUCCCUAUCGUCAGGGCAAGGACAAGUUAAGAACAAGUUGAGAGAAGAGUUACAUGAUGAUGGAUGA